UUUUGUUGUUGUUGUUGUUGUUGUUGUCGUCGUCCUCCUCCUCCCCCCCGCCCCCGCCGCGAUGGCAAGGCGGCUCGGAGGGAUGCGAAGAGGAGAGCUGCGGGGGGAGGAGGCGGGGUGCUGAGCGCUCCGCUCGCCCCGCUGCUGCUGCUGCUGCUGCCGCUGCUGCUGCUGCUUUGUGUGUGUGUCCUGGAUUCGGCUUUUUUUUUCUCCCUUUUUUCUUUUUUUUUUUUUAAUUUUUUAAUUUUUUUUUUAUUGAGAAGGAGCUUGUGGCAGCCGCGCCGAGGAGAAGAAGAGGAAUAGGGGGGAAGCCUUUUUAAUUCAUUUUCGACCCAAAUUCUGCAUUUCGAGCCUCUGCAGGCAGCCGGACUCGUGGUGUCGGCGGCGGUGUUGUUGUGGGUGGUGGUUGUGCGUGGGGUGUCCCCCCAACCCUCCCCAGCGGAGCGGGGAGCGGAGCCGCGGGGAUCCCGCCGGGGCAGCCCCGUCCCCGCGCGGGGGGACGGCGGAGCUGUUGUUGUUUUGUAAUAGGAUUGUCUGGGUCGCGCCCCCCCCUUCCCCUCCCUCCGCGGCCCUCCCAGUUUUUGUGUCUCUGUGUGUGUGCGUGUGUGCGGUGUUUGAAAAUGGAGGUUGAAGAUGCCGACUGCCAGCCCCGAUGUGCCUCGUGUUUGCGGCUCCUGUGCACGAUGUAUCACCGCAGCCAGCGCUGAGGGGAGACGGCGGCGCCCCCCGCCCGCCGCCCCGAGCCCGCCCCGCCGCCCCGGAGACAGCGUCGCCCCGGGGCUUCCAUGCCUUGUUGUUGUUGCCGUUAAUACAUCGUGAAUAUCUGUGUAUUUUUGGUGUGGUUGCUCCGGAAGAUCAACACCCAGGGACCUCAACAACCCUCCGGUUUGCCGCUCCGAAGGGUCUUGUGCUUUUUUGUUGUUUUUUUUUUUUUCUCCUUCAUUUCUUGAGGCAACGUGGAUUUAUUUACCCUGCCCCGCUUCUCCUCCGCCGCUCGUUAUUUUUAGAGGACGGGGAGAGGAAAGAGAACAAUUUUGGACUUCUUUUUGCUUUGUUUUGUUUUCGGAAAGGGGGAUUUUGUCCAAUUAAAGAAAGAGGAAUGAAGUCUGGCGCUGGAGGAGAGUCCCUCGCCGUCGUCUGGGGGUUCCUGCUCGUCUUCGCCGCACUUUGUCUGUGGCCAACAAAUGGGGAAAUUUGCGGGCCAAAUGUCGACAUUCGCAAUGAUAUCCAUGAGCUGAAGCGCCUAGAGAACUGCACGGUGAUCGAGGGUUUCCUACAGAUCCUGCUCAUCUCCAAAGCUGAGGAUUACCGCAACUUCCGCUUCCCAAAGCUCACUGUCAUCACUGACUAUUUGCUGCUGUUCCGUGUGGCAGGCUUGGAAAGCCUCAGUGAUCUCUUCCCCAACCUCACAGUCAUUCGUGGCAGGAACCUCUUCUACAACUAUGCCUUGGUUAUCUUUGAAAUGACAAAUCUGAAAGAGAUUGGGCUUCACAACUUGAGGAACAUCACCCGCGGGGCCAUCCGGAUCGAGAAGAACUCUGAUUUGUGUUACCUCUCCACAGUGGACUGGUCUCUCAUCCUAGAUGCAGUGUCCAAUAACUACAUCGUUGGGAAUAAACCUCCAAAGGAAUGUGGGGACUUGUGUCCGGGAACAAUGGAAGAAAAACCAUUGUGUGAGAAGACAUCUAUUAACAAUGAGUACAACUACCGCUGCUGGACCACCAACCACUGCCAGAAAAUGUGCCCCAGCUCGUGUGGGAAGCGAGCCUGCACAGACCAAAACGAGUGUUGCCACCCCGAGUGCCUGGGGAGCUGCACGGCGCCCGACAACAACACGGCAUGCGUGGCCUGCCGCAACUACUACUACGAGGGUGUGUGCCUGCCCACCUGCCCCCCCAACACCUACAAGUUCGAGGGCUGGCGCUGUGUCACCAGGGAAUUCUGCUCCAAAGUGCCCGCCACGGACGCCAGUGAAUACGAGAAGUUCGUGAUUCACAACGAUGAGUGCAUGGCCGAGUGUCCCUCGGGCUUCAUCCGCAACGGGAGCCAAAGCAUGUUCUGCAGCCCUUGUGAGGGGCCUUGCCCCAAAAUUUGUGAGGAUGGGAAAACGAAGACCAUUGACUCAGUCACGUCAGCACAAAUGUUGCAGGGAUGCACAAUUCUCAAGGGAAAUCUGCUGAUCAACAUCCGGCGUGGAAAUAACAUUGCCUCAGAACUGGAGAAUUUUAUGGGUCUGAUUGAGACAGUAACGGGAUAUGUGAAGAUUCGUCAUUCCCAUGCAUUGGUCUCCCUGUCUUUCCUGAAGAACCUGCGGUACAUUCUGGGAGAGGAGCAGGUGGAUGGGAAUUAUUCCUUCUAUGUGCUUGACAACCACAAUCUUCAGCAGCUGUGGGACUGGAACCAUCAUAACUUGACAAUCAGUGAGGGGAAAAUGUACUUUGCAUUUAAUCCUAAACUGUGUGUUUCUGAGAUUUACCGAAUGGAGGAAGUUUCAGGAACCAAGGGACGACAGAGCAAAGGAGAUAUAAAUCCAAGGAACAAUGGGGAGAGAGCCUCUUGUGAAAGCAAAAUUCUGCAUUUUGUUUCCAACACGACACUCAAGAAUCGGAUUAAACUGACAUGGGAGCGGUAUCGCCCUCCAGAUUACAGAGACCUCAUUAGUUUCACUGUUUACUACAAAGAGGCACCAUUCAAAAAUGUGACAGAGUAUGAUGGGCAAGAUGCGUGUGGCUCCAAUAGCUGGAACAUGGUUGAUGUUGACCUGCCACCAAACAAAGAGAACAAUCCUGGAAUUCUGCUGCAAGGAUUGAAACCUUGGACUCAAUAUGCCAUUUAUGUCAAGGCUGUUACCCUCACAAUGAUGGAAAAUCAUCAUAUUCAUGGAGCAAAAAGUGAAAUUAUAUAUAUUCGAACCAAUGCUGCAGUGCCAUCCAUUCCCCUGGAUGUUAUUUCAGCAUCCAACUCCUCAUCCCAGCUGAUUGUGAAAUGGAAUCCUCCCUCUCUUCCCAAUGGGAAUCUCUCCUACUACAUCGUGCGCUGGCAGCAGCAGCCUCAGGACAGUUACCUGUACAGACACAAUUACUGCUCCAAAGAUAAAGUCCCAAUUCGAAGAUAUGCUGAUGGGACCAUUGAUACAGAAGAAGCCACUGAGCCCACCAAGCCAGAGGGCUGUGGAGGAGAAAAAGGACCUUGUUGUGCUUGUCCCAAGACAGAGGCAGAAAAGCAAGCGGAGAAGGAGGAAGCAGAGUACCGGAAAGUCUUUGAGAACUUCCUUCAUAACUCCAUCUUUGUCCCCAGGCCCGACCGGAAGCGGAGGGACGUGUUCCGAAUCGCCAACACCACCUUGGCCACUCGGAACAGGAACGCAACUGGGACCGACCACUUCACCAACGCCUCUGAUACGGAGGAGAGCGAGGUGGAAUAUCCCUUCUUUGAGACCAAGGUGGAUGGCAAGGAGAGAACUGUCAUCUCCCAUCUCCUGCCUUUCACUCUUUACCGCAUCGAUAUUCACAGCUGCAACCACGAGGCCGACACGCUCGGCUGCAGCGCGUCCAACUUCGUGUUUGCCAGGACAAUGCCCUCAGAGGGAGCAGAUAACAUUCCAGGAACAGUGUCAUGGGAAGCAAAAGAGGAAAAUACCGUCUACCUGAAGUGGUUGGAGCCUGCAAAUCCAAAUGGGCUGAUCCUGAUGUAUGAAAUCAAAUAUGGGCAGCAUGGAGAGGAGAAGCGAGAAUGUGUUUCCAGACAGGAAUACAAGAAGCUUGGAGGAGCUAAACUAACUCAUCUGAACCCUGGAAACUAUUCUGCCAGAGUUCAGGCCACUUCCUUAGCUGGGAAUGGGUCCUGGACUGAGCCCAUCUCUUUCUAUGUGCAGCCCAAAUCAGCAAACUAUGGAAACUUCCUGCACUUGGUAAUUGUGCUCCCUAUUGCUCUGCUGCUCAUCCUUGGGGGAUUGCUGAUAAUGCUCUACGUCUUUAACAAAAAGAGGAACAGUGACAGACUGGGCAAUGGAGUACUUUAUGCUUCUGUGAACCCUGAGUACUUCAGUGCCUCAGACGUGUACGUUCCAGACGAGUGGGAGGUGCCCCGGGAGAAGAUCACCAUGUGUCGGGAGCUUGGGCAAGGCUCCUUUGGAAUGGUGUAUGAGGGAAUAGCCAAGGGAGUGGUGAAGGAUGAGCCAGAGACCAGGGUGGCCAUCAAGACGGUCAAUGAGUCUGCGAGCAUGCGUGAGAGGAUCGAGUUCCUGAACGAGGCCUCGGUGAUGAAGGAGUUCAACUGUCACCAUGUGGUUCGGCUGCUUGGUGUUGUUUCUCAGGGCCAGCCUACACUGGUUAUCAUGGAGCUGAUGACACGUGGGGACCUCAAAAGUUACCUGAGAUCAUUGAGGCCAGACACAGAGAACAACCCUGGGCAGGCACCCCCGACCCUGAAGAAGAUGAUCCAGAUGGCGGGAGAGAUCGCUGACGGCAUGGCCUAUCUCAACGCCAACAAGUUCGUGCACAGGGACCUCGCCGCCAGGAACUGCAUGGUGGCCGAGGACUUCACAGUCAAAAUUGGAGAUUUUGGCAUGACGAGAGAUAUCUAUGAGACAGAUUAUUACCGGAAAGGAGGGAAGGGCUUGCUGCCUGUCCGCUGGAUGUCCCCGGAGUCGCUGAAAGAUGGAGUCUUCACAACACACUCCGAUGUCUGGUCCUUCGGAGUGGUGCUGUGGGAGAUCGCGACGCUGGCGGAGCAGCCGUACCAGGGCAUGACCAACGAGCAGGUGCUGCGCUUCGUCAUGGAAGGGGGGCUGCUGGAAAAGCCAGACAAUUGUCCCGACAUGCUGUUCGAGCUGAUGCGCAUGUGCUGGCAGUACAACCCCAAAAUGAGACCCUCCUUCCUGGAAAUCAUCGGUAGCAUCAAAGACGAGCUGGACCCAGCCUUCAAAGAGGUCUCCUUCUUCUACAGUGAAGAGAACAAGCCUCCGGACACAGAGGAGCUUGACCUGGAGACUGAAAACAUGGAGAGCAUUCCUUUAGACCCCUCCUCCACCCUGCAACCCACUGACAAGCACUCAGGACACAAGGCCGAGAACGGCCCUGGCGUGGUGGUGCUGCGGGCCAGCUUCGAGGAGCGACAGCCGUACGCGCACAUGAACGGGGGCCGCAAGAACGAGAGGGCCCUGCCCCUGCCCCAGUCCUCGGCCUGCUGAUCCUCGGAGCCCCGCAGAAACAAAACACACACAAACACAGGCAUUGGGGGAAGAAAGAAAAUCACAAUAUAUUCAAAAGCCUACUGUACCUCAGUGGAUCUUCAGAACUGCCAUAGCUGCACUUGGGAGAACCCUUUUUUCAGUAAACAAGUUACCGUCUUUUUCUUUUUUUUUCAAUAUGCAAGCAGAUGUUUGUUUCAGUCAAGGACUCCAGUCAUGGGGCACACAGUUGGCCUUUUAAAACUCUUAAUGUUAACACUUAAUAGCAACAGAAAACUUGAGAUCUGAUGUCUCUCUCUCUUCUCUCUCUUCUUUCUCUUUCUUUCUGUCUCUCUUUUUGCUUCAUAAUGGGAAACAUAUCUGCGUGCAAGUUCAACCGUACAGCACUUUUAUCAGAUCAAAGAUAUCGCAGGCCAGGUGGUUCUCGGUACCCCUGCAAGCACCUGCCUAACACUGUAGGUCUUUAUU